CAUUUCCCAGCGACCGCGGCGCCAGGAGCGGAACCGGGAAGCGCGAAGAUGGCGGUGGAUAAGGAGCUGCUGGAGCGGGACCUCUACGGGCUGCUGGGGAUCGGCGAGAAGGCGUCCGAGAAGGAGGUGAAGACAGCGUUCCGGCAGAAGGCUCUCACCUGCCACCCCGACAAGAACCCCGACAACCCCCGGGCAGCGGAAACUUUCCACCAGCUGUCCCAGGCCUUGGCCGUGCUCACAGAUGCAGCAGCCAGGGCAGCCUAUGACAGGGUGAGGAGGGCGAAGAAGGAGGCUGCAGCAAGGACACAGAAACUCGAUGAGAAGAGGAAGAAAGUAAAGCUUGAUCUUGAAGCCAGGGAACGGGAAGCCCAGUCCCAGGAGAAUGAAGAGGAGGAGAUCAGGAUAACGAGAUCAUUAGAAGAAGAAAUACUCCGCCUGCGUGAGGAGGGCUCCCGGCAGCUGGAGGAGCAGCAGAGGCUGGUCAGGGAGCAGAUCCGCCUGGAGAGGGAGCAGCACAGCCGAGGCAAGCAGGAAAGAAAUGGAGCAGAAGGCAAAAUAACUCCUAAGCUCAAGCUCAGGUGGAAAUGCAGGAAGGAAGAUGAGACUGGAGGGGGAUACUCCAAAGAUGUGCUGCUGCAGAUCCUGCAGAAGUAUGGUGAUGUGCUCAAUUUGUUGAUCUCCAGCAGGAAGACUGGGAGUGCAGUGGUGGAAUUUGCCACGGUGAAGGCAGCUGAGAUGGCUGUGAAGAAUGAGGUUGGCCUGCUAAAUAACCCCCUGAAGAUUUCCUGGCUGGAGGGCCAGCCCCAGAGCCGCCCCAGCACCGUCCUCCCUGACAGCACCAGCCAGCCCAGGAGCUCACAGGCGUCGGUGGUGUCGGAGCGGGACUACGAGAGCCUGGUGAUGAUGAGGAUGCGCCAGGCGGCCGAGAGGCAGCAGCUCAUCGAGCAGCUCCAGAGGGAAGACCAGGAGGAAAAGUCCCACACUUAGCAUGAGAGGACAGCCAGCAAUCCCACCCGUGCUCCUGGACACUGAUCCCAGCCAGAGAUCCCAGCCACUGCCCAGCCGUGCCCACCCCCUUGGCCGCGUUUUCCACCCUGGGAUGGCUUUUUGGGGACGAGGGAAAACCAGCUGCGAGGACAAGAGGGGCC